AUGUUCGAGCCGGGAAGAGAAACUCGUCUGAAAUCGAGGAUUUGGCAGGUGUCUGACGACGGCCACGACGACGGCGGCGGCGGCGGCGCUAUCUUCGUUGCUUGCGUUGCGGAUAGAGACGAGCGCUGGCACUCGCGCCGCGGAAUGGUCACGGCUGCGUGGGUUCACCCUAUCUGUGACAGAUUUCGAACCGUCAAACGGUGGUCUCCUACUCGUGGGAUUUACUUCGCACUCAACGGUCGUCGGUGA